CGCAUUUCGUGAGCGAACCCUCUUGCGAAGAACCUACGAAGAAGGCGGCUUGUUGGGCAGUGCUUACGAAUCCGAAUACGGCGAAUAUACACGCAGUACCAACAAGCUGGCAGCCAUGCAGGAGCCCUCCCGAACAUCUGACGGUAUUUUGUGCAUUAUAAUCGGGUUAUCCGUGAGCGUUGUGGUCGCCAGCAUUAUCAUCAUAGCAUAUGUGAAGAAGGACGGAAGGCUGGCUAAACCACCCAUGUUAGAACCCAUACAGCGUGCUGAGGAGCUGAGGAAGAUUGCCUGUUCUUCCGUAACUUGCACCAAUGCCUCAAAACGUUUGCUCAUGUCAGUAAGUCAUAAGAUGCAGCCCUGCAACAACUUCUACAAGUUCAUUUGCGACGGUUGGCAACGGGCUCAUCUCUCCCGUCUUUACCAGCGCAGUGUACUCAGCGAAGCAGAGAAUGAAGUCAAGAAGAAACUUAUGCUGGCCAUGGAAACCUCUUCCAUUCCUCGAACAAACCAAACGCAGAUACAUAAGCUUAUUGCUUUAUACCGUUCAUGCACGAGCAGCCACUAUCCACAGGGAGACAGUGUGAAAUCGAUAGCUCGGUUCCUGAGAGGUCACAAUCAGAACUGGCCGGACCUAAGUGUUCCAGAAGCAGCUCAACUAUUCGACUACGUCAUGGAGCUCGAUAUCAGAUGGCAUUUAAACAUCGUGUAUAGGUAUAAGCUCGAAAAAGACAAAGCUGGUCGCCUUGUUGUUCAACUCUUCCCGCACAAGCCUCCGGCAUUUGGUGAGAAGCUGCUUCCUGUUUACGAGUCUCUCGUACGCAAGGUAGCUAAUAUGAUCGGAGGCAAAGCGAACUACGAUGAUGUUGUAAACGCCGUGAUUAACUUGGAAGCUCAGCUGAACGCACUUCCCCUGGAUAAGGGUCAUGUUGCCAUACCAUGGGUGAAGAUCUCUGCAACGUUUCCUGGAACCACGUAUCAAAUUUGGAUUGAGGCGUUUCGGAAAUACCAUCCUGAAGGGAAACGCAUUAGAGGCACAGAUACAGUUGUAAUUCAUAAUCCACGUUACUUUAAAGUACUUAUGCUCUUGUUGUUCAGCAACAUGGAGAACGGGACUGCAGCCUGGUUCGUCAACUGGAGGUUCAUUAGCUCAAUUGGUUGCCAAACGUCCUACGAGUUCAAGCACUUUGAAGAAACUCAAGUUCUUUGGCCGACAGGUCACUGCGAAAUCGGCGAUGUUCACACCUACUGUCGUUCUCUUGUGCAAAACGUUAUGACGCCGCAGUGGAAAGGUCUUAUUACGAAAGUUCUUCUAACAUCUGAUGCUGUCUUUGACGUCCUAGAUAUCACCAAGCGCAUUAAAAGCGUAGUAAAGGAAAAAAUCCGACACGCUGCCUGGAUGGACUCGACUACACGCGCCAGAGCUUUCACCAAGAUGGAGACCCUGAAGGAGCACCUUCCAAAGUUCUUCGUCUUUGACGGAAAGACAUCGUCGUACGAGCGUUACACGAGACUGCCUGACCUGACCCCAUCGUUUGUUGAUAACUGGUUGGCUCUGAGGGGUGCGUUGGGUGAAGUCGUCGACAAUAUAACACUGGGUGCUCCACUGGAGUUCAACGUCAGGUACCACAAACUGUCGAAUGCUCUGCAUGUCAACGUGGACAUUGUAGCAGAUCCAGUAUACACAUUUGGAGUCCCCGCUGCCAUGAACUACGCCGGUCUAGGGGCGCUGGUGGCACGAGAGUACACGCGUGCAUUUGACUGGGGAGGUUCUCGGAUCGACGGCGUUGGGGAAGUUGACGACUGGUGGUCAAACAUCACAACGGAGAACUACAAGCUGAUAGGGUUGUGCUUCGCUACCCAACUACAUAAGCUAAUCGCCAACGUAACGGAUGUUCUCGGGUUACUUCCAGACGCCAUAGCUGAGAGUUCUGGCCUUCGUCUGGCGUACUUCGCCCACAUGGCGGCAGUGCUGGACAUGGGAAAAAUAGAGACACUGUCCGCUGUCGACAACAUGUCCAACUUGCAGCUGUUUUUUGCAGCAUAUUGUUUCCGGCUCUGUGAAAACGAUCAACUGCCUCUACAAAGGGAGAGCCGUAGAAUGGAUGAACGCUCCAGCGGAGAAAUCUUGUGCAACAUUGCGGUGAUGAACAUGCUGGAAUUCGCAGAGACUUUUGAAUGUUCAGCACGAGAUGUUAUGAACUCCGACCUCAGGUGUAGGAUAUGGUAAUGCCACUUGGAGACUCAAAUAUUAUUUUUAAGCACACUGGGACACAGUAUUUUGGGAUAUUUUUAUUCAUUUAUUUCAUUGGUUUUGCAAGCCGAUCCGGGCAGAAGCAGGUGGUGAACCACAAAAUAGAUACAUCAUACACUCAAUAAGAUAUAUACACCAGUCAAGCACUGUUACCUUAUGAGCACAUGACACAACAGUAAAUAACUUAAUCGAAGCUUAAUGAUGUAUUCUCUCAAAGCAGAUAUAAAGCUAUCUACAGAAGUAC